UUUAAUUCGAGUUUAUUCAAUUGUUUUCAAGACUUUUGAUACCCACCCAACAAUCGGUAAAAUGACUGAGCUAGACAAUCAACGACUUGAAGACCGCCUAGAGGCGUUUGUGAGCAAUGCCAAUCAAGACGGUAUACAAGCCAAUCAAAACAUGAACCAAUACGUUCCUCGUACAGCUGCAGCAACAGAUGUCCCUGAUAUCACUAUGAUGCAAGAGGGAGAAUCUGCUUCAAUCAAUGGUAGCUCAAUGACUUCAACCACGCAAUCGAUCCCUUUAACCCCAUCUUACCAUGCAGCUUCUGCAUCGUUGCAGCAAUCUCAAAGCAUUCCUGGAUUUCAAAGUGUUCGUGAUCGUAUUGCGCAAUACAAGGCUGCAUCAGGACCGAAUCCAUUGCCUGCUGCUACAUCUGCUCGAUUCAAUACAUCCACACAUGCAUUGAGUGGGACUAGCCGUCGUGAAAGUCUUGGACACAGGGAUCGACCUCGCCUAAGUCAAAAUGCUCGUUCAGCACCUUAUCCUUGCAAGCCCAUCGUUUCUGGAAACAGAGAGUCGGUUACCCAUUCCCAUCAUACUUCACAGUUGGAUAUCAGUGCUCAUCACAGCACAGGUGCAGAUACGAUCGCAGCCACUCUCCAGCCUCUAUCGAUUGGAUCAAACAGUCAAGGAUCUUUACAGCCAAAACAAAAGAAUGUGCAACCUGGAGGCAGUCCAAACAGUGCUACUCGUGGAUCAAAUGAACACGUUGCUGCAAAGUAUAAUCAGACUGCUGCAUCCACCAACAAAUGCCAAGCCUGUAGCAAAACUGUGUAUGCUAUGGAGCAAGUCACUGUAGAUACACACAUGUUCCAUCGUACAUGCUUCAAAUGUGCUCACUGCAAGGGACAGCUUAAGAUGGGCAACUUGGCCUCGAUGGGCGGUGUUUACUACUGCAAGCCUCAUUUCAAGCAGCUAUUUGCUCUUAAAGGCAAUUACUCGGAAGGGUUUGGUAAAGAAGAGCCCAAGCGAGCAUGGAUGCAAGAGCAUGGCACUCAUGCACCCAAGUAA